GAGAGUAGAAAAAAAAAAGUCCCCACCUCCGGCUUUUCCCAUGCAUUGGCGCGCUGAGUGUUUUGUGGCCGAGGUUCGCUGCUUCUCUUUGGGCAGCUGCUGGUGGAUUGACUCGUUCCAUUGGUGGUGGUGGCAGUAAUAGUAGUAGAAGUAGUGCCCGUAGGGAGGAGAAGAAUAAAAACAACACGAUACAUAGUAGGCAUGAGCGCUGUUCGGUCGGGUUCGGUGGCCGGCCCGGUCCAGCAGGGGCUAAAAGAAGCUCUCAUGGAGACCCUGACGGCCAUCCUGUCUCCGGUUCAAGAAGUGCGCGCCGCCGCCGAGGAGCAGAUUAAAGUGCUGGAAGUGACGGAAGAGUUUGGCGUCCACCUGGCAGAACUGACAGUCGAUCCUCAAGGAGCUCUCGCCAUCCGCCAGUUAGCGUCAGUCAUCCUGAAGCAGUAUGUUGAAACUCACUGGUGUUCCCACUCAGAGAAGUUCCGCCCCCCUGAAACCACCGACCAGGCCAAAGCCGCCAUCAGGAGCUUGCUGCCCAGCGGGCUGCGUGAAUCCAUCAGCAAGGUGCGCUCCAGCGUCGCGUACGCCGUGUCAGCCAUCGCACACUGGGACUGGCCCGAGGCUUGGCCGCAGCUCUUCACCCUGCUGAUGGAAAUGUUGGUCAGCGGCGACGUUAGUGCCGUGCACGGGGCCAUGAGGGUCCUUACAGAAUUUACUCGGGAAGUGACGGACACACAAAUGCCGCUCGUGGCUCCCGUCAUCUUACCUGAGAUGUACAAGAUCUUCACCAUGGCUGAGGUGUACAGCAUUCGUACCCGUUCUAGAGCCGUGGAGAUCUUCACCACCUGUGCCAACCUCAUUUGCGCUAUUGAGGAGCUUGAAAAGGGUGCAGCCAAAGCCUUGAUCUUCCCUGUCGUGCAGCAGUUUACAGAAGCAUUUGUGCAGGCCUUGCAGAUGCCAGACGGACCCUCGUCCGACAGCGGCCUGAAGAUGGAGGUCCUCAAGGCAAUAACGGCAUUGGUACAGAACUUCCCUAAGCCCAUGGUGUCUUCCAUGCAGCAGAUUUUGCCCAUCGUUUGGAACACACUCACUGAAAGUGCGGCUUUUUAUGUCAGAACGGAAGUCAACUACACAGAGGAAGUGGAUGAUCCCGUCGACUCAGAUGGUGAAGUGUUGGGCUUUGAGAAUCUGGUUUUCAGCAUCUUCGAUUUUGUGCACACACUGAUGGAGAAGAACAAGUUUAAGGGCACAGUGAAGAAGGCGUUGCCCGAGCUCAUCUAUUACAUCAUUCUCUACAUGCAAAUGACGGAGGACCAGAUCAAAGUGUGGUCAUCCAACCCUCACCAGUUUGUAGAGGAUGAGGACGAUGACACGCUCUCCUACACUGUCAGGAUCUCCGCUCAGGACCUGCUGCUGGCGGUUGCUGCCGAGUUCCAGAAUGAGAGCGCUGCAGCAUUGGCGGCGGCGGCCACCAGACACCUUCAGGAGGCGGAGCAAGCAAAAAAUAGCGGCAAUCAGCAUUGGUGGAAGAUUCACGAGGCCUGCAUGUUGGCACUCGGCUCGGUCAAAAGCAUCAUCACUGAGAACGUGAAAAACGGUCGCAUCCAGUUUGACAUGCACGGCUUCUUGGCCAGUGUCGUCUUGGCUGACCUCAACCUGGCCACGGUGUCGCCGUUCCUCCUCGGUCGUGCUCUGUGGGCAGCCAGUCGCUUCACAGCCGCAAUGUCGCCUGAGCUCAUCCAGCAGUUCCUGCAGGCCACAGUGAGCGGUCUCCACGACGGCCAGCCACCACCUGUGCGCGUAUCUUCGGUCAGGGCCAUCUGGGGGUAUUGUGACCAGCUGAAGCUGUCUGAGAACACACACAUCCUGCAGCCCUACCUGCCCAGCGUCCUGGAGGGGCUGGUCCAACUGGCAACCCAGUUCAACUCCGAGGUACUGGCGCUGGUCAUGGAGACACUGUGCAUCGUGUGUACCUUCGACCCGGCCUUCACCACUAGCGCAGAGAAUAAGAUCUGCCCCCUCACCAUCGCCGUGUUCCUCAAAUACAGCAACGACCCAGUGGUGGCUUCCCUGGCCCAGGGCAUCUUCAAGGAACUGUCCCAGAUCGAAGGCUGUCAGGGACCCAUGCAGAUACGUCUCAUCCCCACGCUGAUCAGCAUCAUGCAAGCCCCUGCUGAUAAAAUCCCGACUGGACUCUGUGCUACAGCCAUUGACACGCUGACCACGGUCGUGCGCAACACCAAGCCGCCCCUCUCUGAGAUGCUGGUGUGCCAGGCAUUCCCUGUAAUGGCACAGUGCACCUUACGCACCGAUGACAACACUGUCAUGCAGAACGGCGGCGAGUGUUUGCGGGCAUAUGUCUCGGUUGCCUUGGAGCAGAUAGCGCAGUGGCGUGACGACCAGGGCAACAGCGGCGUUUGGUACGUCAUGCAGGUGGUCAACCUGCUGCUGGACCCCAGGACCUCAGAGUUUACUGCCAUAUUCGUUGGGAGGCUUGUGUCUACGCUCAUCUCCCGGGCUGGCACACAGCUCGGCGAGCAGCUGGACCAGAUUCUCCGAGCCAUCCUGAGCAAGAUGCAGCAAGCAGAGACUCUGAGUGUCAUGCAGUCCCUUAUUAUGGUGUUUGCCCACCUGGUUCACUCCCAGCUGGAGCCCUUAUUGGACUUCCUCUGCAGCCUGCCCGGCCCCACGGGAAAACCUGCCCUGGAGUUCGUCAUGACGGAGUGGAUGAGCAGGCAACACCUCUUCUAUGGACAGUACGAGGGGAAAGUCAGCACGGUAGCUCUUUGUAAACUACUGCAGUACAGCCUCAACACAGACGACAAACGUCUCCAGGACAUCAUGGUGAAGGGGGAAGAGAUCUACAACCCCGCGGAAGGCAUCCGCACUCGUUCCAAAGCAGCCAAGAAUCCGGAGCGCUGGACCAACAUUCCUUUGCUGGUGAAAAUCUUUAAACUGAUCAUCAAUGAACUGUCGACCGUCGUGGAGGCUAACGCCAGCCGAGCCAACCCAGCCGACUGGAGCCAAGAUUCAAACAGCAUGUGUGAGGAGGAGGAGGAAGAAGGUGACGAGGAUGAUGACGAUGACGAAGAAGGGCUGGCAGGGCAACUGAUAUCAGACCUCAUAGCCUCUAACAAAUAUGAUGAUGACUAUUACGACGAUGAUGACGAAGAUGAUCCCGAUGCCUUAAAUGAUCCCUUGGAUCAGAUUGACCUGCAGGCAUACCUGACAGACUUCCUGACCCAGUUUGCCCAGCAACCGUGCUACAGCAUGUUCUCAGGCCACCUCAACAACAACGAGAGACAAACGCUGCAGUCUAUAGGCCUCUAGCCUUUGCUGAUCCCUUCCCUUCAUCCUUUCCUGCUUGCCUUUCCUCUGUCGCCUCGUCACCGACACUCACAGCAUCAAUCGCCCGGGAAGAAGAAUGACAAUUAUGUGCUGAUGGCAGAGGGAAUAGAUGGAACGCACUUCCCUCCGACACCGUGGUUCUCCACGCUUGUAAAGGACUGUGUCCUGGUGACACUUUAGAAACUGAACAGGAGGCUUGAAUGGGAGGUCAAGGCUUUCAUGGUGGGCGAGGUGAACUGUGACAUAUGAACUCUUUGACAAGUUCUGUUUAUAACGCUGCCUGUUUUUACGUGUGUGAAAAAUACACAGACAGAAUCACCUCCACCCAACGCAAGAAGAAAAAGAACUUCCUCUUCAUAAAUUUUGUAGGCCUUAUUCUCCCAGGAAAUAAUGACUGUUUCUUAUCAUCAUGGGGGCGGUGUCACUGAUUCCCAGCCUUUUCGUUUGCUUGUGCCCGCGGAAAUGUGGGUAUUAAAAAAUAUUUCUAAAUAAAAGUCUGUACAGACA